AUGAUAUGUAUACCAACGUUGUGGUACUAUAAUUCACUAAAAUUUAUCACAAAAUGUGAAAUAUCUAGUCAAGGAAUGUCGUUUUUGGAUGAUGAAAUAAAAAAUGAACCGGUAGAAAAUAAUAUUGAAGAUGAGAAAAUACAAGACAUUACACAAAAUACAGAAAUUCAAGAAAAUAGAAAAAUCACACAAUUAGAAACAACAGAUAAUAAUUCGCAAAAAAGGAAAAUUAAAAAUACUGAUAUUCUAAAUUUGGCAAUACAAUCACUUCAAAAUUAUAAUGCAACUGAGAGGAAACCGGAUGAUGAUAUUAUAGGAAAAAAAAUCGCAUUCGAUUUGAGAGGUUUAGACAAACAACAAUUAAUUAUCGCCGAAAAGAUAAUUGCAGAAACAAUUUAUUAUAGAGAACUGAAAAAAUUAAAUGAAAAUUCAACAAUAGCAUUAAAUAACCAUCAAAGCAUUCCUGCGCAUUAUAUCUCAUAUAAUGCACUACCUCAAUAUCCAUUUAAUUCUGCACAAUAUUCAUCAAAUACAGAUAUCUAA